AUGAGUAGAUCCAAUUCAGAAUCAAUUAUUAAUCCAUCACAAUGUAUAGGACAAAAUUUUCAACUUUCUGACUAUCCUUCUAUGAUGACUAUUUAUAGUGCUGUAAGUAAUUUAACUACAUUAACUGAUGAUUGUAUAGAUUCAGGUAGUAUGGCAGCACAACAAAUCCAAGGUACAGAAAGUUCUUCACAUUUUGCACAUUACAGUGAAUCUUCUUUAAUGGCUACUGACUGUUCAUCUCUGAUGGAUAGACAAAGUUCAAAAUUAUCAAAUAAUCAAAAUAUUUUAGUUGAAGAGAAUGAAAGUAUUCCACAGCUAGAAACAAUUCCAGAAAAUAAUGUUGUUCUUCCAGAAACUGUUGGUGAAGGAAUAAAAGAACCAUCUACUCCAAAACACGGUAAAAAGAAAAGAAGAGAUAAACAAGGUGUUGUUAUGGUAAAUGAUACUAAAGUUCCAAAAGAAAAACAUAAAAAGAGAGGAAAGAAGUAA